GGGUCCCCAGUCCUUCUCCAGUAGGUCCUAGCCCCUCUCCAGGGACUCCCAGUCCCUCCCAGUAUGUCCCAGUCCUUUUCCAGUGGUUUCUAGGCUUUUCCCGGUCCCAGUUCCUCCUUAGAGACUCCCAGUCCAUCUCCAGUGCCCCCACUCCCUCCCCAGGGACUCCCAGUCCCUUCCCAGUAGGUCCCAGUCCCUCCCCACUAUGUCCCAGUACCCCCAGCCCUUCUCUAAUGGGUCGCCCCAGCCCCUCCCCA